CAUAGAAAGGCCGGGCACCACAUUUUUGAAUUCCAUUACAGAUUAAUAUGACAGGUUUCAUAUAACCAUAACCAAAAUAAUUGUACAAUAAAAAUGACAAUAGUGUUUUUUUUUCACUGUCAUUGCCGUGAAACAGGCUGUAAACAUUCGCUGUGUCGGUGACCUAGUCACAGCGAGCAAAUAAAAAGGUGAUCCCAUUCUGAACAGCGUCAUAUCCCAAGGUGCAAGCAGGAGACCAACGUUCGCAGCAAACAUAAUAAAGGUAAAGGCCUCUGCUUUGUCAACUUGUAGGUCAGUUUCAUUGUUGCAGUGGGAGAUGGUAAAAGCAUAGAACAAGACGAAGAGAUAAUUUCAACAAAAGAUUUGGACAGGGAUACUGUUACACUAUAAAAGGCAAAAGAGAGGCACAGUCAUCAGCAGUUCAAAAUCCUCUGAAGGUGUGUGUGUGUGUUGGAGCUGAAAAAACAAAGGUAAGACACGCAAUUUUUAAUCACUUUGCUCACAUGCAGUCAAUAUUAGAGUCGGAGUGAUUCCACGUUGAACGUUGCUCUCAACUCUGAUAUAUGAUAUUGGCAGUAAGGUGCAGUAGAAGGUUAGGAUGUUAGCGUUUUCUUACCCUUGUGUGUGAAAGUAAACACUGCAUAAUAUCCACUCUUAUAAUAAUAAUAUUUUCUCCCCUGUAGGAGAUAAGAGACAGAAUGGGUUUGCUACAAAUUUGUACUUCACUGUUGCUUUUUACCUUCGCUACAUCAGCGCCAACGAAUGAUUCCAAGAUCAUUGGAGGUCAAGUUGUCAGCCCAAACUCCCUCAAAUACCAGGUGUCUGUGUUUAGCAAGAUAGUCAACAGCCAUUACUGUGGCGGAACCUUGGUCCACCCUCAGUGGGUGGUGUCUGCUGCCCACUGCUGGAUACCGUAUUUCCUGAUGACGGUGCGUUUAGGUAGACACAACCUGCUUAGAAAUGAAGAGGAGACUGAACAAACCUUCUCCGUCAUAAGGACUAUGAAAGCCGGGUUUAACUAUGCCACAUUUGACGACGACAUCAUGCUUCUGAAGCUGGAUAGACCAGCAAUACUGAAUGAAUAUGUAGAUCUCGCCCAACUGCCAACUCCAUCAGAAUACCUCGCCCCGUACAGUGUCUGUACAGUGAGCGGCUGGGGGGUGACAAGUAUCUUCGACUACUACCUGUCCCCUGUGCUACGUGCUGUGGAUGUCAGUAUUAUACCAUACUGCCAAUACUACUACUGGGGCAUGAUCUCUGAAAACAUGAUAUGUGCAGGAUCUCCAUACGGUGGAAAGGACUCCUGUCAGGGUGACUCUGGUGGCCCCCUAAUCUGCAAUGGCAAAUUGAUGGGCAUCGUCUCCUGGGGUAUCAGCUGUGCAAACCCAAGGUACCCUGGGGUUUACACCAAAGUGAGCAACUACGUCGACUGGAUCAAUUUCAUAGUUACCCAAUACUAGAAGGAGUUUGCCACCAUCCUGGAUGAAACUGUUGCAGAUUUGAUUGUUGAUCUGAUGAAUAAUUCAGUACUCGGAAUAACAUUUGUGAUUACUGCCUUUUUUCUUUCUUUCUUUUUAAUUUUGCCAAAGUCAACUUAUCACACUUGGUAUAUUAGGGUUAUAUCUUUGGGGUAAGCUUAACAAAUUCAGGGUAAACAAUCAUUUCUUUGACAUUUGGUUUCUUACAUAUAUGUUGAUGGGCCAAUAAUGUGGUGAGUCAUUUUACAUCCACUGCUCUGACAUGAGAUGCAGUAAUAAACGUUUGCCUUUUGUAAUUUUUUCUAGCGGUACAAGAAUCAGUUCCUGUAUAGUAAAGCUACACUGUUUACAGAUGACCAAACUGGUUAUAAGCAACAAUAGAGAAUUAUCACACUGCCCUGUUUUUCAGUGUUUUCUUUGUCAUCAUCAACAACUUUUAAAAGAAUUUUCACUCAAAAACAACUUUAAUUUAACAUUUGAUUACUUGCUAUAUGUUGUAAAUAUAGUCAAUAAAUAGAAUAUAACACUCACUAACAAGUGCAAUAUGAAGAAGCUCAUCACAUAGAAGUGGUUAGUGAACAUGGCUGAAACUUUCUCACCGCUACUUAAAGCUCAACGUGAAGAAAUUAAGCGCAGGUCAAGAAAAAUUGUUUCUUUUGCACUGUAAGUUAUAUAUAUCUGUAUAUGUUUUGAACAAUCUUUUUACAUUUACAAGAAAAAAGAGCCAAUAAAAUUGUUAUUAUCUCAA